GGCAAAACGGAACGCAGGGUAGAACGGAUAAACACGGACAGGAAGAUAAAGAAUAAAAUCGAAACGACAACGUAUACGUAUCAACAGACCAUAUACAAAUGCACGUAGCUUUCUCACUUAAGCCAUUGACAUGAUUCGAACAGUGUGUCUUUUGCUGAUGGCGCUCGGAUGUUAUGCCAAAAUGGUAUGCGUUUGUCCUGAUUACGCCGGACAAAACGUCGGAAUUAACGAAAUACAAUGCCCAUGCGAGAAGAAUUCUCAAUGCAGACAAAGUGCUGACCCCACUAAGCCAUAUGGUUGCUGUCCGAUGAAAAACUGUAAUGGGGAAAUGGAUAAGCACUGCAUGCCGCUGUUAUAUUCUGAGCAUUUCCCUGGAACCUGUCCUCAAAAGGAUGUAACCGAUAUUGCAAGUUGUAAACGGGUGUGCAACAAUGAUUGUGAGUGUAAUGGAGAAGGCGUCAACCUAAUACCACCAGAGGGCACAAAGUACAAAUGCUGCAAGUCUCGAGUAUGUGGUCGUAAGAUCUGCCGUGAAAGUGAGGGCUUCUGAAGUAAAUCAACUUGAUAGAGAAAUCGUGAAAUCUGUACUAUUGUGACAAAAAUAAAGAACAAUGCAUACAUAAUCA